UUUUUCGCAUGGCCUACCAUCUGGUUGAUAUAUUCAAACAGGCCUUUCCUAUUUUUGCUCUUAUUUAUCAUCAAGUUUCUCUAACAAACCAAUCUUCUAUCCUUCUCCUUGUUUUUCUUUGUUUAACGUCAAAACCUUCUUUUCUUCCACUUUUCAUUACUUCCUAAAACAUUUUUAGGUAGUUUCGGACUUUCCUGCCAAGCCAUAGAUAUAUUUCAUGCGGGCAAUCUUUCCUUACAAACGAAAUGUUCGGAUUCUUGAGGUCGCCUGCAAAUAAAGCAAAUGAUGAAUCCAAUGCCAAGCAAACACAUCAGUCUGCAAAACGAGCUAAUUCUGAACCUGCGCUUAAUAUCCCAGGUAAGGAUUUUGAUGAUGAUGCAACAGACAGAUACAAGAAUGGCUUCCGCGAGUCGGGAGGACUAGAGAACCAAAGUGUUCAGGAGCUGGAGAAUUAUGCCAAAUACAAAGCUGAGGAGACUACGAGUACUGUUAAUAAUUGCCUAAGAAUUGCUGAAGAUAUCAAACAAGAUGCUACAAAAACUCUUGAUACGUUGCAUGCCCAAGGUGAGCAAAUCACGAGGACUCACAAUAUGGCUGUCGAUAUGGAGAAGGAUCUGAGCAAGGGUGAAAAGCUUUUAAACAAUCUUGGGGGAAUCUUCUCUAAGCCUUGGAAGCCUAAGAAGAAUCGGCAAAUAACAGGGCCGGUGGUCGCAGCAGAUAAUCCAUCCAAAAAAAGUGACAACCACAAAGAACAAAGAGAAAAGCUGGGUUUAGGAGGUAAACGAGGACAUUCAGCUCCUACCACGCCUCCUUCUGAACCAACAAGUGCCCUACAGAAAGUUGAGCUAGAGAAGGCAAAACAAGAUGAUGCACUUUCAGACUUGAGUAAUAUCCUGGGAGAUUUGAAGGGUAUGGCUGUUGACAUGGGAAGUGAAAUUGAAAGGCAAAACAAAGCCCUUGAUCAUCUCAGUGAUGAUGUGGAUGAGCUGAACUCUCGAGUGAAAGGUGCCAAUCAGCGUGCACGACAUUUGCUUGGGAAGUAAGACUGCGAAGCCACCAGAUCACCAAACAAUGAACCCCCUUUUGUCGAAUUUGAUUUGUUGAUACCUGGAAACCACUCGUGUGUAUACACGCUAGUGAUGAUUUUGUCUUUUUUUCCUUAAAAAGUAUUGUUGAAAAACAUAUGAUUAUUGACAGUACGAUAUCAGUUUCUGUAUAGUGAUAUGUCUAUUGCUUGGAACUUAGGAUUGUGCAAAGUUAGAUUACUUAAUUUUAAAAUGUCAAUGAAAUACAAAAUCCUCCUUCACAUUGUUUC